AUGUUACGUGCUGCACAGCCAGGAAGUCAAAGCCAAAACCAGAACCAGUGGAGAACGUUUACACAAGCAUUUAUUCAGCUACACAAACAGACAGAUCACAAGCUGCUGGAGGCGAUAUUCAAGAAACACCUCUCCAGCGCCCCACCUCGUAUCUCCAGGAUGAUGCUCCGAGUACAGAAGUACGACGUUGAAAUUAAGUAUGUCCCUGGGAAGGAUAUUCCACUAGCUGACGCCUUAUCGAGAAUAAGUCCAUGCCCAGAUGGAAUAGUUCUGAAAGGCACACGCAUCGUCAUUCCUGCAGCAUUACAGCUUGCUGUGCUAGAACAACUGCACUACGCACACCAAGGUGCUGAGAAAUGCAAACUUCGUGCCAAAGGAUCCGUAUUUUGGGCCAAUAUUAGCAAGGACAUAGAGGAGAUGGUCAAGGACUGCCCUCCAUGUCAGCACAACCAGAAGGCCAAUAUGAAGGAACCCCUCAUGCCACAUGAUGUUCCACCAAGGCCAUGGCACACACUGGGAUCCGAUUUGUUCUUCUGGAACAACAGCUCCUACUUGCUGGUCUCAGACUAUUAUAGCAAGUUCCCAUUGGUCAGAAAGUUGAACAACAUUCGUUCUGACACAACAAUCGCUCACAUGAAGUCGAUCUUUGAGGAGUAUGGAAUUCCGAGCAAGCUCGUUACAGGUAACGAUACACAGUUUACCUCAGCUCUAUUCCAGAAAUUCAGUGAGACCUACGGAUUUGACCAUGUUACCACAAGUCCAUACUACCCACAGGCAAAUGGUUUCAUAGAGAGGACUGUGCAAACUGUCAAAGCUCUGCUGCAGAAAUGCAAGGAGUCGAACACAGACCCACAUAUGGCUAUGCUGUGCCUAAGAAGCACACCAUUACAGGAUAACAUUCACUCGCCAGCAGAACUGCUCAACUCAAGAGUCUACCAGACCAAUCUUCCAGCAACGCGAGCAGCAUGCACACCGUGCCUAGUCGAUGGUGACACUAACGCGAAGCUACAAGAGAGGCAGGAGAA